AUGGCUCAUAAUCGCCAUUCAUGGACGGAGCCUAUUGCCAUUGUUGGCAUGUCGUGCCGGCUUUCUGGUGACGUUCUAACACCAGAUGACCUUUGGACUCUUUUGUCUCGGUCGAGAGACGGAUGGCGACGUGUCCCAUCAGAGAGGUUUUCUUACGACGCAUUUCAUCACCCUGACCCUCAAAAGGGUGGUUGUUUUAACCUAGAGGGUGGGUACUUCAUGGACUAUGACUUUGCGGACUUUGAUGCGCCGUUUUUCAACAUCACAAAGCAGGAGGCGAUAGCUAUGGAUCCGCAACAAAGACAGCUCCUCGAAUGUGCCUAUCACGCUCUGGAAAAUGCUGGAUUCCCACUGAAAUCGAUAGCUGGAAGUAAGAUGGGCGUUUUUGUGGGAGCAAAGGCUUCAGACUACCGCAUCAGCACUCUACGGGAUGUCAGCCAAGUCCCAAUGUUCGAUGCAACAGGCAAUCAUCAGUCCAUCCAAGCGGGCAGAAUAUCAUACGUCUUUGACCUUCGUGGGCCAUGUUUCUCCGUCGAUACAGCUUGCUCGUCAAGUUUAUACGCACUCCACGCUGCCGUUCAGAGCAUCCGUAGUGGAGAGUCUGAGUCCGCCAUUGUAGCAGGAGCCAACCUACACUUGCAACCAGAUGAUACCAUAUCUAUGUCUAUGCUUGGCAUAUUUAAUAACUCUGGAAAAACAUUUGCAUUUGAUCAUCGUGCCAAAUCAGGGUUUGCGAGGGGCGAAGGAGUCGCGUGCCUCAUUCUGAAACCUUUAUCCCAAGCAAUCAAAGACAGGGACUCUGUCCGUUCUGUGAUUGUUGGCACUGGAACAAAUCAAGAUGGGAGAACUAUUGGUAUUUCCACCCCCAACGGUGAAGCCCAGGAGCAGCUUAUUCGAGAAAUCUAUGCCCGAUCGAAUAUUUCCAUACAAGACGUUGGUUUUAUCGAAGCUCAUGGAACGGGUACAAAGGUUGGCGACCCAAUUGAGGCCAAUGCCAUUCACAAAGUCUUUGGCGGUGGUAAGAGUGAGAGGCAUCCGUUGUACAUGGGCUCUGUGAAGAGUAACGUGGGCCAUCUUGAAAACGCCAGUGGUCUUGUCUCUAUUAUUAAGGCAGUACUCAUGCUUGAAAGGCGUUUCAUUUUGCCGAAUGCCAAUUUCGAUAAGCCUAACGACGCUAUCCCCCUCGAUCGGUGGAACAUCAAGGUCCCUACAGCCCUUCGACCUUGGCCAGCAGGCAAGCGAUACGUCAGCGUAAACAACUUCGGCUUUGGAGGUUCAAACGCUCAUGCAGUACUAGAAGGGCUACCUUAUUCAACCGCUGAUUCGCGAUUUGUCAAAGGAGGGCUGCAAAGUCAGUUCAAGUUGGUUGUUUUGACUGGCUAUGACGAGAGCGCUGUCAACCGAUUGGCAAUCCAGCUUGGCAUUUACAUUGAACAACAUCCCGAAGUAUUCGAGAAGCGCAUCUUCAGUGACAUUGCAUACACAUUAGGUGAACGCCGGUCGCAUUUCCCUUGGCGCAUGGCCUUUGCAGUGUCAAACUGUAGCGAUCUCGCCGGGAUGCUAAACGGAGUUCAGGCCACUCCACGGCGUGCCUCCAAGAUACCAAAGCUUGCUUUUGUUUACACGGGGCAGGGUGCUCAAUGGCCCGAGAUGGGAAAGCAAUUACUCGAGAGCUACAGCAUUUUCUCGGAUACAAUGUACGCAACGGCUGCGCAUUUGCGGUCCAUCGGCGCCCAGUUUGACCUAGUCGAAGAGCUACGGAAGGACAAGGCAACAUCACUUGUCAAUCAAGCUCACAUCUCCCAACCUAUUUGUACCGCUGUUCAAAUAGGGUUGACAAACCUCCUACGGUCCUGGGGCAUAGAGCCUGCUGCAGUAGUCGGCCAUUCCAGUGGUGAGAUUUGCGCGGCUUACGCCACUGGCGCCAUUACCAUGGAAGCUGCAAUGGAAGCCGCCUAUUUUCGUGGCCAGGCAGCAUUGAGGAUGACAUCCAUGUAUUCUCAUCUCCAAGGAUCUAUGCUAGCUGUUGGGGACAGCCCUUCGGCAGUUAAGAAAAUGAUUAAAACGCUACGUUUGGGGAGCGUUAGUGUGGCCUGCGAGAACUCACCAAGCAGUGUUACUGUAUCGGGGGAUCAGCAUGAAGUUGACGUGUUGGCAACGGAACUAGAAGCCAAAGCAAUUUUCAAUCGGAAACUACGGGUUGAGGUGGCAUACCACUCUUCGCACAUGCUACACGUCGCAGACGAAUAUAUGGCUUCCAUCGGAAACUCUCUGGCUAGGCACGUCCAUGGAGUCAAGUUUUAUUCCUCCCUGUACGGCAAGCAACUGACGGAUUUAUCAUACCUCGGACCAACGUACUGGGUUGACAACUUGACCAGACCAGUACUGUUCUCUACAGCACUCAAAGAGCUAUGCUGCACCGAAAGACCUGACAUUAUUAUUGAAGUCGGACCGCACUCUGCAUUGGAGGGGCCAAUAAAGCAGAUCUUAAAGGACAUUACCGAAUCUACAGCGACUACAGUUAGUUAUGUUCCAACUCUACUUCGCAACCAAAACGCAACCAUUUCAGCGCUCCAAUCAGUAGGCAACCUGUUCGUCAAUGGUUGUGAGUUGAAGUUUGAUGCAAUCAAUCAGAGCAGCAAUGGUUCUCGGCCACCAUCACUUGUCGCGGACUUCGAGCCGUAUCCCUUUACUCAGCAUAAGUACUGGUACGAAUCACGAGCCAGCAAACAGCAUCGGCUGAAGCCAUUCCCUCGCCAUGACUUACUCGGUCUUUUAGAAGACACAUAUAGCGAUGUUGAUCCGUCGUGGAGAAAUAAUAUAACUUCAGACGCUGUACCAUGGCUUAAAGAUCAUCGCAUGCAGUCGUUGACAACAUUCCCCCUCGCUGGGUAUCUCUGCAUGGCUGUUGAAGCUGCCUCGCAGCGAGCACGGCUCCGCGGUGCUCAGCCAGAACAGAUAGGUGGUUUUCGGUUCCGUGAAAUUCAAGUGGCGAAAGCAUUCAUCCUAGAUGAUGGAUCCAACUAUGAGACACACGUCACACUCUCGGCUUAUGCUGAAGGCACUAGAUCUUACUCCAAUGAGUGGGAUGAGUUCCGAAUAUCCUCAUGGACGGCAUCGCGAGGCUGGCUGGAGCACUGUCGUGGGCUUGUGGCCGUUGCGAAACCGCAUACAGCCAAUGCUGUUUGUCAUUCACCUUCACAGGAUUCCAAAGUUCGCCGAUCAAUGAUGGACACCCUGCGAGGCAAAAGCGUUGAUCUUGACAGAUUUUAUGGGGAACUUCAGCAGCUUGGUGCUGGCUAUAGCUCGGUUUUUACCUUGAGUUCGGCGAGUAAUCUAUGCGCUCAAAACAAUUACUCAUCUGGAAAUGUAUUUGUCCCAGAGACAAAAUGUCUCAUGCCCUAUUCACAUGAAACGAAGUCCCUACUGCCAACUGCCUUCAUGGAUCUCUUCUUUCAGCUGACAUUCGCUAUCCUUGGUGCAGGAAAGCAGCAAAUGGCUUCACUCUACAUGCCGUCUGCGAUCAAGGAGGUCUUCAUUGACAGUUCAGUGCCCAGUAUUCCUGGAGAGAGCCUCCAGGUCGUUGCACACACGCCACAGGAUGCGAAGUCUCUAGGUCCGAUUGAUUUUGUCAUAGAAGCGUGGAACCAUGCUCGAACGGAGCCUGUGGUCAAGCUGAAUGGCUUCCGCAUGACACCGGUUCGUGGUGACGCUUGCGAGACCAUGAUUCCGCGCUCACUGUGUUACGGCCUCAAGUGGGAGCCUCUAUGCUCCUAUCCGAGGACCGGCAGACACCAAGUCAACGGAGAUGCCGGUCAUUCCCCGAUCCAAACCAACGGCCAAAGUGGCGAGCCCAACGGUGUAAAUGGGCAUUUCGACGAGCUCAUCAACGGCAGCGCCAAUAACCAUUGCCAAGCAGGUAACCACCAAAACGGUAUCAACAACGGUUAUAUGAACGGCAACUCGCAUGGGACGAGGCAUCACAAGAUUCAGCUGCCAGGGUACCUCGAUGGAACCCCAAUUGUUCUUGUCACGGGAAAUCAUCCCAGCUCCUCGCUUAUUUCGUCAAUAUGUGACCUCAUUGACUUAAAAACCGGCAUGAAACCUUCCGUCUGCAGCUUCUCAACUCUCAAGACUUACCCGUUAACUCGUUAUAUCUGUCUGGCUGAGCUCGAAUCCCCAUUGCUCUUGGAGAUGAGAGCAGAGGUGUUCGAAAAAAUAAAGGCGUUGCUCAUCUCGAGCACCUCAAUACUCUGGGUUACCAGGGGAUCAUAUCGAUUCCCAGAAAAGCCGGAGAAUAAUAUCUGCCAAGGACUUUUGAGGACUGUUCGCUCAGAGUUAAACAAGCCCGCAGCUUCUGUCGAUUUAGAUCCUCACUCAGAUCUCAGCACUGGGGAUACGGCGCAACUUAUUCUAGACGCCCUGAAACACUCCCUAAUGAUGCCGGAUAACGGAGAUCCUAUUGAUUAUGAGUUUGCCGAGCAAGAUGGAGAGCUCGUGGUGCCUCGAAUUGUUGACCAAGAAGAGAUGAACAUUUCGUUGUUCCGUGAUACACAGUCAUCACCACCCUACCUUCAAAAGUGGGAACAGCCCGGCCGGCGACUGAAGAUUGAAGUUGGCACGUUUGGAGCCUUAGAUUCACUCUACUGGGACGAUGAGGAACUGAAGCCUUUGAGAGACGAAGAGAUUGAGAUUAAGGUCUUUGCUACAGGCAUGAACUUUAAGGACGUAGUUAUUGCUAUGGGACAGGUGGCCAGUCCAUAUCUUGGUGUUGAAUGCAGCGGCAUUGUAUCCAGGACUGGAGCUGGCGUUAAUUCCUUAGAGCUUGGUGACCGAGUCUGCGCUAUGUCUCUUGGUGCAUAUGGCACAUACGCGCGAUGCUUAGCCACAAGCGCUGCAAAAAUCCCUGCAGAGAUGAGUUUUGAGACAGCAGCAUCUAUCCCUGUUGUUUAUAGUACGGCCUAUUAUGGGAUGAUUGAGCUUGCUAAAGUACAACCUGGGGAAAAGAUACUCAUUCAUGCUGGAUCUGGAGGCGUUGGCCAAGCUGCCAUCCAGCUUGCGCAAAUGAUGGGUGCUGAGGUUUAUACGACAGUUGGCAGCAACGACAAGAAACAGCUUAUUAUGGAAAUGUACGACAUUGCGGACGAUCAUAUUUUCUUCAGCAGGGAUACCAGCUUUGCAGCCCAUCUAAUGGAAGCAACUUGUGGUCUUGGUGUUGACGUUGUUCUUAACUCUCUAGCUGGUGAUCUCCUUCGCGAGAGCUGGGAAUGUCUCGCACCAUUUGGUCGGUUUAUUGAAAUUGGGAAAAGAGAUAUCACAGCAAACACACGACUAGAGAUGUCGAAAUUUGAGCAUAAUUGCUCAUUCCAGUCCGUGGAUCUGACGCUACUCGCGGACAAACGCCCCAAAAUCAUGGGCAAAGUGUUGACCGCAGUCAUGCACUUGUUGUCCAAUCGGGUAGUUUCGCCCGUUAGUCCUAUAACUGCGGUCAAUAUUUCAGAAGUUGAGAGCGCGUUGCGUAAACUCCAAAGCGGCAAAACCACUGGGAAAGUUGUUGUGAGGCACAAUCCAACAGACCAAGUCAAGAUUACCCAUCCUUCCCAAAAGCCAAGCAGCGUGCAGGCGGAUGGAUCAUAUGUCAUUAUUGGCGGCACUGGCGGCCUGGGCAGAUCGAUCGCCCGACAUUUGGUAAACCGUGGUGCUAAACAUAUCGUUUUACUGUCCCGAACUGGCACGACUACUCCCGAGUUGACAGCGCUGACACGGGAGGCCAAAGAUGUCGGGUCAGCAAUCCAUAUUCGGGCUUGCGAUGUGGCCAACCAGUUGGACGUCAGUGGCCUCAUCUCCGAUUUGACGAAAAUCCUACCUCGUAUUCGAGGUGUUAUUCACGCAGCUAUGGUGCUCAGAGACGUCCUUUUUGAAUCAAUGACAGUUGAUGAUUUUAACACAGUUGUUCGAUCUAAAGUGUCUGGGGCUUGGAACUUCCACAACGCGUUAAGCGGCCACGACCUCGACUUUUUUGUCCUCCUUUCUUCAGUCGCAGGAAUAGUCGGGAACAGAGGCCAAGCCGCUUAUGCUGCUGCAAACACGUUCCUAGACGCUCUUGCGAGACAUAGACGGAGCAAAGGCUUAAACGCUACUUCACUGAACCUUACUGCCGUUGUCGACAUUGGCUAUCUUGCGGAAAACACCAGUAAGAAAGAAGAGGUCCUAAAGACACUCUCUGGCUCUACACUGAUGGGUAGUGAGGUCUUAGCCCUUAUUGAUGCAGCAAUUGAUCGCACGAUAUCCAAUGAGUGCAAUAAUCAGUGUAUUACAGGUUUGGACUUCAGUAACCCGAGCAAUUUGCCAUUCUACGCUUCGGACGCCAAGUUCAGCCAUCUUAAAGAGGCGGCACUUGCACACCACGUUGAUGCUGGUCAUGCUCUCAGCGGAGAGCAAGUCCCAAUUGCAGAAAUGGUCAGACAAGCAACCGAAUUUGAAGUUGCCCUAGGUGUGGUGACGGAUGGCUUGCGAGAGAAGCUCGGUGCGAUUCUGAUGAUCCCGGUAGAGGUCAUGAAGGCACAGCAAGGUACGACAUCGAUAACAGCCUUUGGAUUGGACUCACUUAACGCGAUCGAACUUCGAAACUGGAUUGGAAAGGAACUUCAGUCUCAUCUUCAGGUUCUUGAGCUACUCACUUCCGGCGGCUUGGCCGACCUGGCAGCGGUUGUCUUGACGAAGAGUAGGAUUGAAGGCAGCUGGUCCUCUUGA